AUGCGGAACCCUUACUCCCUGCCCUACCUCCUGUUCCUGCCCCUGGGUGCCUGCUUCCCAGUGCUGGACACAGAGGAGCCCGUGGACGCCGUAGGGGGCACCGGACGUGAAAUGAGCUGGACGCACCCAGCAGGGGGACGCCCCUUCCCGUGGGGCCCCCCUGGGUGGCCAAGAGCCCCGCACUCACACGCCCUGCUCAUCACGGCCAAGGAGCUGCGGGCGUUGGGCAGGGCGCGUGCUGGCUUCAAGCUGCGUCUUGGGAGGCAGGACGACGGCAGCAAGGCCACUGGCCUCCUCCUGGAGGAGGCCGAGAAGGUGGGGGGCCCGCUGGGGACUCUGGCUGAGGAGCUCAAUGGCUACAGCAGGAAGAAAGGGGGCUUCAGCUUCCGCUUUGGCCGGGGAUGA